AUACACCCACCGGAAACGGUCUCUGCAGAGCCAGCAGAUAAUGAAAGGAAGAAGAUGUAAUAUCAGUUUUAUUGGGUUUAUUUUUUAUAUAUCAUCCUGCACGUAUUUGAGUUCAAAGUCAUAAUCGUGCGGAUCAUUGUGGAGAUACCCGGUGGAAUGACUGGACUCCUGUGCGUGGGGCUUGAUGAAGUAGUGCGCCGACUGUGCAGGAAACAUUUCACCGGCCCGGAGUAGGCUGUGGUGGACAAGGCAGAGCGGUCCUGCCCCCUUCAAUGACCAACCUUGAGUGCCAGCGACAGUCUCUGCUGGCGACACUGUAACCAUGGAAGACAACCAUGAUAUCCUUAAGUAAUAUUACCGCUGAGCCCGUAGUGUGACGGUUUCAAGAUGCUCGACCGGCAGUGCUCCUUGAGGCUGCCAGUUGCCUGAUAGUAACGUUUCAGGCCUGCUUUUUCCAUCUGGAAAUUUCUUGGCAGGGGAAAGCAGGCCAGCUAGCACCGCUAGCGUUAGCCUUUUUAGCGCUGCAUCUCUGGGCUUCGAUGCUGUAGCUUUUUCCAUGACCACGCCAUUGACAUCGAUGUCUAUCAAUUCGAGGACCUUAUAACUUCAAAAAGUGUUUUAUGGGAUUCAUUUCGGCGAAAGAGAAGUGGGCCUAAGCCAAAAUGGUGAACUGGAGGCGGCUGCUGCGAAUGUCCAACCGAUCGUUUCUGGCCUUCAUAUUCUUCUUCUCUAUGUCCACCACAUGUCUCUACUUUAUUUAUGUGGCUCCUGGAAUAGCCAACACAUACUUCUUCAUGGUGCAGGCUCAAGGCAUCAUGUUGAGGGACAAUGUGAGGACCAUUGGCCAGAUGAUCAGAUUGUACACCAACAAAAACAGUACACUCAAUGGGACAGACUAUCCUGAUGGCAGUAACUCUAGUGAAUACCUGGCCCAACCAACCACGUACCUCCCUGAAAACUUCACCUAUGCCCAGAACCUCCCCUGUCCAGAACGAUUACCUUCUAUGAAGGGCCUUAUGGAAGUUAACAUGACAGAGAUCCCUAUGGAGGAGAUAGAAAUGAAGUUCUCCAAGCUUUUUGACAUUGAGUUUGGGGGCCAUUGGAAACCAAAGGACUGCAGACCUCGUUGGAAGGUGGCUAUCCUAAUACCAUUUAGAAACCGUCACGAACAUCUCCCUAUCCUCUUCCAACACCUCAUCCCCAUGCUACAGAGACAGCGGCUGCAGUUUGCCUUCUACGUCAUUGAGCAGAGUGGAAGCCAGCCCUUCAACAGAGCCAUGCUGUUCAAUGUCGGAUUCCUGGAGGCCAUGAAGGACUUAGACUGGGACUGCUUUGUUUUCCAUGACGUUGACCAUAUUCCUGAGAAUGACCGAAACUACUACGGCUGUGGUCAAAUGCCUCGCCACUUUGCUGCCAAGUUGGACAAAUACAUGUACAUUCUUCCGUACAGUGAGUUCUUUGGUGGUGUGAGUGGACUUACUGUGGAGCAGUUUCGCAAGAUCAAUGGCUUUCCCAAUGCCUUCUGGGGGUGGGGAGGGGAGGAUGAUGACUUGUGGAACAGGGUUCACUAUGCUGACCUGAAUGUCACACGACCAGAGGGAGAAAUUGGCAAGUACAAGUCAAUUCCUCACCACCACAGAGGAGAAGUGCAGUUUCUUGGGAGGUAUAAACUGUUGAGGUAUUCCAAAGAGCGACAACACUUGGAUGGCCUCAACAACAUCCAUUACAGCCCCCACAUCUCCCUCAGCAGCCUCUACAAGAACAUCUCGGUGGACCUGUACCCUGAGCUUGCCCCUAUUACAGACUACUGAACUGAUCCAACCAAUCCUCCUACACUCCCCCAGCUGACCCAGCACCCCUCCGGCCGGGCCUCCCGGCACCCCCUUCAGCCGUUCAGAGGUAGAGCUGUGGCGAAGAGGAGGGAGGAACAGGCUGGGAGGGAUGAAGAGGUGCACUGUAUACUGCUGCCAAGAAAUCUUACUGUGGAUAAUAAAGAAAAUCCAACUUGAAAAAAAUAUUUAAAAAAAAAAAAAGGAAGAGGCCUUGGCAAGUCUCUUAAAGUGAACUAUGUGUGUGAGUGUGCGAGUGUGUAAGUGAGAGCGUUGAAUGCAUUGCUGCAUGUCUUUUUGUUCGUGCCAGCUUAAGUACUACAAGUUGACAAGAGUGUUGAUUUCAGCUGGGGGUGGGGGGGCAGCAGCAUCUUGACUGAUGUUUACUGCAAAGCCUUAAUGUGGCAGAACCACAGCUCCCUCUGCUCAGCUCCGCACUGCUUCACUUCUGAUGUAUCACCAUCACCUUACAAGCCAACAGACAAGUUCCUCUCAAUUUGCAUUAACAUUUGUGUUACACAUGUCAUUUUGUUAGGUCACAGUAUUCCUUUAAAAGGAGGGACACAAACUCAACAUUAUUGUUUGUGAUGUACUUUAAAAAAAAAAAUUUGAUACAUGGUAUUUAUUUUUCUUUGAUUCUGGAUGUUUGAAAAAGCAGUCCUGUCUGUAUCACUGUGUUUGCUGUUUGUUUUGCUGCACUGCUGCUGAAUCCGCAUGAACAUGUAUGUAAAUAUCAGCCUCUUAAUGCCCGAGCACAGAACACAAAUAUGUAAAUAUGGGCCUUUAAAACCUUGGACAUAUUACAGUGAUAUUCCAGUUGGUUUGAUUUUUAUUUUGGCAGCUACCUUUGUUUUGAGGAUUUAAUAAGAGUGGUUUCUUCCUAACAGGAAGCUCUUCUAAAGAUAUAAGAUGUUUGGCUCAGAAAAGUAUCCAAAUCUCAAGAUUUGACAUUAUCUUUUGCAUGCCUUAAUUUAUUUUGUUUUCUACAUGUUGCUUUUUUAAAGAUUUUUUUCAUCAGGUUGAGAUGUGCAUAUUUUUAAUUUUGCCUUUUGUUGUGCUUUUCUUUUUUUGAGGUGUUUUGUGUGAAAAGUAUAGAGCUGCUCCUCAAUAGGAGGUGAAGAGUGAAUGAGUCUCUCCGCCAUGACUUGGAUGAAGGAACAGGGUUGACAAUUAGGAGUGUGUCCACACAACAUGCUUUGGUGCAGGUUUUAUGGUCUCAUGUAAGUGUAUAUUUUUGUCUCAAAUGUGUCUUUUAAUUUUUUUAAAUGAUUUUUAUUCUAGUAAUUUUAAGUUCUGGACCACGUGAUGAAGCUCUUCAUUGUACUGUACCAUGCACUGAAGCAUGGCGAUUUGGGCUGGAUGCUGUGUGUUUGGACUGUAGUGUCAUUGUUUUUUCAAAGUCUACACAGCAGUGAGAAGAGCCAGAAUGAGAGAACAUUAGUGUCAGCUCCUCAUAGUUGAUGUUACUGCUGUUCUUGAAUGGCACAUGCUGUGAAUACUUUAAUUUCCUAUGGCUUUCAGCAGUAGAUGAGCAUAGAAAGAUGGAGACCAACAUGUAGACAUGUGGAUCAAAUGCGCAAUGUUGUGAUUCUCCUCUGUGUCUCUAGGUUUUGCAUUUGACCAUGAAUUGUAUGUUUGGACAUAUUCUUUGUAUGUCCUGAAAUGUUACAUUAAAACUGUGGCCAUUUUUGACCUGGA